GGGGUUUUAGCCAAAAAGUAGGGUGGUUUUUGGAGGGUUUUACUUAAUAGAUGGAUAAAGGAGAGAGAAAUAGUGACAUAACUAUUUUUUUUUUCAUUUUUUGUUUUGUGGUUGUGGUCUUGUGGGUGAGAAUAGAAUUUUUUAAAAGGGUAAAAUACAAAUUAGAAAACUUGAAGAAAUAAUGUUAAUGUUUUCUUCUGGGUUUCAAAGCAAAGUUCUAAGGAAUAUCGGACAAUUUUUAAAUCUUGCAAAACCCAUCUAGUUUUUUGGGUUUUAUUGCUGCAAAACAAGGAUUUCCAAGUCUUAAAGCUUUUAGUUGAAGAAUCCUUGGGUAUGUUCACCGAGAUAUGUUGCAGAAGAGGUUAUAUAAUGGAUUCAGUGGAUAUCAGAUGCCUUUUGUUCCUAGAGCUGCGAGGUCUGCUAGGAGGAGAGGCCCACGUCAAGCAAAAUUUGUGGACAAUCAACUCUGUGCUUUUGAUUUACUUGCUACAGUAGCUGGAAAGUUACUUGAAGGUGAGAGUUCCAAGAAUACGGCAACUUCAAAAGACCAGCUAGUCGAUGCUGGAGAUGCCGUGAUGUUGGAGCAAGACGAGGGCAAUUUGUCUCUGAAUGCUGAUUGCCGUGACAUGGGAAGUGCUGAAGCCGCUUCCCUUAACCCAGAGCUUGAAUUGCAGGCUCAGAAUCAAAAGUGCAAUGUGAAUGAAAUUGUAGACACUCAUAAUGAUGCAUCCUCGCCUCCAGCUUCUGAGAUCACCUUGUCUCAUUGCUUGGAGAAGGAUGAUAAUUUCGUUAAGAUGGAUAUCAAUGAUGAAAAUAGCGAAUUUUUCAGCCCCCCCCAGAUAUCAGAGCUAUGUGUUUCUGGCCACAUUGAUCCAAAUAUUGUAAAUGUAGUUGGCGUAGACACUCAUAAUGAUCCAAAUAUUGACUCCAUGGAACUAGAAGACGGCAAGAAAGAGAUAUCAUCUUGGAAUGUGCCUGAUUUACACUGCUCAAAGGACCCUGAUGUAAACAUCAGGAAGGCUCCUCCUGCUGUUGGCGUAGAUUAUAGCAUCAAACAGUCUUUAGGUGUAGAUCACUUUAGUUGUGGGUCGAUUUCCCCUUGUAGUAAUAGUAUUGUAAAUGUAGUUGCUAGAGAUGAUGACGAAAAGUCUUUCAAGUGUACUCAACCUAGCACUAAAGCCGCUAGGUUGCCCGUAUAUAUAGGUAACCGAAAAAUAAGGAGGCUAUUGGGUUCUAAGUAUCGGAAAGUAGCUUCUAAAGUGAAGUGUGGUGAUUAUUCUGAAACUGAAUUACGCUGCAUUUACCGCAGCAGGAGAACUGGUUAUAAACGUCCCAGAUCUCGGAGGAUAUAUGCUUUUAAGAAGCGGAAGCUUUACCAAUACAGCUCGUUAUCCAAUUCUGAUGGGCAUACUGGCUCUAAAGUUGUAUAUGAUUCUCCAGGGACUGACAUUGACCAGAGUGUGUCUGCGUUCAGCACAGUCAGGCAUGGAGUCGACGGUUCUUCAUUUUGUGUUGCUGGCCAGAGCACGACCUUUGCAUCCCAGGAAUCCCACGUUAAACUGAAGAUUAGAUCCUUUAAGAUGCCGGAACUUUUUAUUGAGAUGCCGGAAACUGCUACUAUUGGCUCUCUUAAGAGAACGGUAAUGGAUGCUGUGACUGCCUUACUUGGAGGAGGAUUGCGUGUUGGGGUGCUCCUUAAAGGAAAAAAGAUUCGAGAUGAUAGUAGAACUCUUGUACAGUCUGGUAUUUGUUGUCAUGAUGAGGUAAAAUCUUUGGGUUUUGCCCUGGAGCCCAAUCCAUCAAAUAUAUGUUUCGAGGACAAUUCUCAUACAGUUUCAAUUGAUGUGCCGCAGCCUGUAUUGAGGUCUGCUAGAACUGAUAAUGAUCAGGGUGCUUCUCAUGAGCAUGUAUUGGGUAAUAUAGGCCAUUUAGUCGAGAGUGACCAUGACUCAGCACCUUUGCCUGCUGAAACCACAGCGGAUAAAGCUGCAGUUGAUUCCCGAGCUUUAGUUGCUCUUCCCGAUGGCACUCCGCAGCCGCUGGCCGCGGUUUUGGCGGCCCAAAAAUCUAAAAGAUCUGAUACGGCACAACGUAGGAUUCGACGCCCUUUCUCUGUAUCAGAAGUCGAGGCUUUAGUCCAAGCAGUAGAAGAACUUGGCACUGGGAGGUGGCGGGACGUUAAACUACGAGCUUUUGAUAAUGUGAAUUAUCGUACUUAUGUGGAUCUGAAGCACUGUUUGUAUAGAGAGAAAUGGAGAGAAAAGAAGGGGAGGAAUUUGAAAGGAUGAAGGAUUUUUUCUUUGGAUAACAAAAAGGGAGGGGAGGGAUCUGGAAGAAAAUAUGGAUAAAUUUUGUUAAGAAUACACUCUCUUUUAAAGUGGAAAGAUUUGGAGGGACAACACUCAUUUUCCUUCAUUUUCCCUUCCAUUCCCUUCUAAACAAACAAGGUGCACUCUCCCUCCUUACCAAUCCCUUUCCUCUUUCCCUUCCUUCUCUUCCCCUUUCGUUCUUUUCUCUCUUAAUUUGCUAUACAGAUAUAAUGCGACUGUGAUUAUUUCUUUGGAACAGAGGAAUACUUGUUUUAAGGUAAACUCACAUGAUGUGACAAUGUUCAAUUUUAAUUUAUGGGAAAAAAUCAGGACAAGUGGAAAACUCUGGUGCACACAGCAAAAAUAUCCCCUCAACAAAGGAGGGGAGAGCCUGUGCCUCAAGAGCUGUUGGACAGGGUCUUAUCAGCCCAUUCCUACUGGUCUGAGCAGCAGCAGCUGAAACAACCAUCCGACACUUGCCUUCUUUGAGACAUUCAACUGCAUAGGAGGCUAUUACCGGUGGCCGAUGGUGGAUAAUGUGGAUGUAUGAACAUAUAUACAGAGAACAAGCAGAUAUUUCAGUUUAGAUAUGGUAUGUCCAGAUUUAAAUUUUUACUUAUGACUUAUGUUUUUAUUAUGUUAAUGAUGAUGAUGAUCAACGAGUGUGAUGUAAAAAACUGGUGAUAGGAGGAAUGAGAUCGAAGGUGAAAGUGUUGCUUAGGAGUCAUUUGCUGCGAUCUCAUCGUUCUUCGUUCGAGGAACGGGGGAUCGAUUGGCACUUUGUAAAUGGUUGAUAUAAUAAGGGGUUUGCUAACAGACUUUUGUUUGGCACUGUAUUUCCUCACUUGUUUUUUUCUAGGGAAAAAUAGGAGUAGGUUUAGAUGGUGGUUCACUUGGCUGUUUGUUACUGAUUGUGGGAUUGUUUUUAUUGUAUCCUGGUUUUAGAUUGUUAAUAUUGAGUCAUUGACUGGUAUAAUGCUUCCUGAUUUCCCUUGUAAGUUUUAUGUAAAUGAAAAAUUUAGAUGAUUUAAUUUGGUUUGA